AAUGCCGGGGAACUUUUCUGCUCACACGAGCCUCUACAGUUCAGCAUCAUCUUUCAAUGUAACGUUGGUUGUUCUUUACGUAACGAUAGUACUUGUAGGCUUGAUAGGGAACAGUUUAGUCGUCGCCAUAGUAUUUAAAACAAGGUCUAUGUUCACUUCGACAAAUAUUUUACUGGCCAAUGUUGCUGUUGCCGACAUCGUGUCUCUGUUGUGGUGUCCGAUUCCUCUGAUAGCAGGCCUUUGCAAAGUACGAAUAUCUCCAGAAACUGCACACUAUCUGUGUAAAUUUUUCACAAGCUACUCAGUUACCGGUUUGACUGUUUCAGUGACAUAUCAGAGUUUGGUGGUGUUGGCUGUGGAGAGGUACCAUGCGAUUGUUAAACCAUUCAGCAAUACACUCAUGCUAACUAAUCAUCGUAUGUUCUGUGCUCUUUUAGCUAUCUGGAUCGUAGCUAUCAUUUGUUCCCUGCCUGGAUUUAUUUUCAGCGAGUACGAUGAAAAGCUUGGACGGUGCCUGGAUCCCUGGACUCUUGAGAAAGCUGGCACGUUGAGGUGGAUCGCCAUCACAACUCUCACUGCAUCUGUUUUCUUCUUUGGUGCUUUGUUUUACUGCUAUUUUCAGAUUUUAAGAGGAAUCUUUGUGAAUAAAACUGUUUGCUCAACAGAGGUUGCCUCAAUGAGGCAAUCUAACUUGAAAGACAAGCGAAGACUUGCUAUAAUUUCCUUGACUGUAACGGUGGCAUACCACUUGUGUUAUCUGCCUUUCUUGAUUUUUGAGCUGUACAUAACCUUUCAAAGUCAACUGAAAAUAUUGGAGAACUACGAAGAGCUGUAUAAAGUAUAUCGAAUAGUUGGGUUUAUCAUGUACGUGAACUCAAUGCUGAAUCCGUUUGUUUAUGGCUUUCAGAGUUCGAAUUACCGAAAUAAUUUCAGAAGACUUUUCUUCAGAGGAUCUCCCAGGGUAGAUGUCAGAAUGACUUCGAAUUUCGGGCAAAACCCGCCUUCGACGGUGUUUUCCGCAGAAAAAUGAUUCAUUCUCCUCCUUAAAAAGGCUUUGAUCGACCACAACAUCUUAAUGACUGAGUUGCGAAAACUAGAGGUUGAUCCAGCGCUCAUCAGUUGGAUCGCGACGUCAGGCUAACCGACAGACAGCAAGCUGUAAGAAUAGGUACAACACUAUCAGAUUGGAAAUUCCUCAAGGGAGGUGUGCCGCAGGGAACUAAAUUACGAGUGAUACUUUUCACAAUAAUGACAAACAAUCUUUUAGCUGAUUGGCACUUGAGAGUCAAGUUUGUGAAUGACACGUCUGCCAUAGAAAUACUACCCAGGAACUCUAUCAGUCUGCUCAAUACGAUCGUUUCUUGUAUCUUUACAGAAACGUUACUACCUGUAGAACG